AUGACGAUUAUGCAAAACAAUCACAUGCCAAUAACAUAUUGGAAAGCUUGGAAGGGGAAAAAACUUGCAAACAACCUUCUUAGAGGUUCACUUGAAUUAAGUUUUCAAAAUCUUCCAACUUACUUAUACAUGGUUCGAAAGAUGAAUCCAGGUACGAUCACGCAUUUGGAGGUGGAUGAAGAUUCUAAAUUCAAAUAUGUUUUCCUAGCAUAUGGAGCAUGCAUCAAAGGAUUUUGUUGCAUGAGAAAGGUUAUUGCGAUGGAUGGAACUUGGUUGAAGACCAAGUACAAAGGUGUAAUGCUCAUUGCAACAGCACAAGAUGGUAAUUUUCAUCAAUAUCCUAUUGCUUGGGCUAUGGUUGAUUCAGAGAAUGAUGCUUCGUGGUCAUGGUUCCUUACAAAGUUACAAGAACUUAUACCAGAUGAUAGUGAUUUAGUCUUUAUUUCAGAUAGAAAUCAAAGCAUCAUCAAUGGGGUGUCAAAUAUUUAUAGGAAGUCACAACAUGAGCAUUGUAGGUGGCAUCUGUCUCAGAAUAUUAAAGCACGUGUCAGAGUUAAAGAUGUCAUAAAAUUAUUCGAAGAAACUGCCAAUGCUUAUAAAGUUUCCGACUUCAACAAACUCUAUGAUAAAUUAAAGAAUAAAUAUCUCAUAGCAGUGAAGUAUCUUGAAGAAUCAAAUCUCACACUUAGUAAAUGGGCAAGAUCUCACUUUACAGGCUGUCGGUACAAUAUUAUGACUACGAAUGGUGCAGAAUCUAUUAAUGCAGCACUGAGGGAACCUAGAGAGUACCCUAUCAUUGCGUUGUUGGAGGCUAUGCAGGCAAAAGUCUCUGAGUGGUUCAACAAUCGCCACAAUAUUGUGGCAUCUAUCAAUACAAAGUGUACACCUUUAACUCCAAAGGCAGAGAAUAUUAUUCGAAAAAGAUUCAAGAAAGCAUCGGAAAUGAAUGUGAAGCAACUUAACCGAUUUGAGUAUGAGGUUACAGGUAAAGAAAAUGAUGCCAUAAUUGAUUUAGGUCAAAGACAAUGCUUAUGUCGUGUCUUUGACCUUGAUCAACUUCCAUGUGUGCAUGCAUUAGCAUCAUAUGAGCAAGCUGGAAUAGAAUUGUAUGAUUUGCACUCUAAUUAUUAUAAGUUGGAAACUUGGGCGUUCGCUUAUGUUGAUACCAUUUAUCCAGUCCCUCAACAAGAAGAUUGGGAUAUCAAUGAAGUUGAAGUAUUGUCGAAGGUAUUGCCUCCAAAUAUCCCAAUCAAGCGUGGUAGAGCGAAAUUGAAAAGAAUCCCAUCAAUUAGCGAGGGAAAAAUGGAUAAAAAUGUGUGGUUUAUGCGGGCAGCCUGGUCACUCCAAAAAAACAUGCCCCUCACGAGCCACAACAUCUAA